AUGUCAUGUUUCUUGAUUAAACAUGCCCCUUUAACAAGUCAAGACUCUACUGGUACUGCCUUUGAUGACAAGAAAGAAGAUGGCAUCUUGAUGAAGGAUUUGUCUAAUUAUAAUAUUCAAGAAGACUCUGGUUCCAAUGAGGAUGCUAUAGAACACUUAUGGGAAACUCUUAGAAACUUAUCUCAAGAACUUACUCGUGGUGUAGUCAACAACAUUGCUUCUGAAAAAUCGACUGCUUUACAAGACGAAGCAAACCGUAUAACUGGAUGUAUCAAGCAACGUAUGGAAAAAGAUUCUAAUGUUCAAGGAUCAGUUGAAGACUUGCUUGACACAUUUGCUUUGGUAGUUGAUUCUAAAGGAUUAAACCUUGAUCAUAGUUGGGGUCGCCUAAUGUCAAUUAGGAUGAAUCGUGAUCAACUACCAUGGUUCAAUGAAACUUUGAAGGGACAUUAUUUAAUUUGGAAAGAAGUACGAUCAAUUGUAAUUAAUACUUAUGCCUCUCAAAACUUAGCUCAAGAAAUCAACAACAUGGAUAAACUCUUGUCACUUAAAGUGCAACCAAAUGAAUCCAUCGAAGCCUUUACGGACCGUUUUCAACGAAUCCGUCGUGCAGCUAAAUGGGAAGAUGUUAUUAGAACUGCUAUUAUAUUCAAACUUGUAGCUAAAGCUAGAAUGAUACUUUCUUCUAAAAUUUGUGCUGAGGAUUCUGGUAUGAUAUAUUCUUCAAGUGCUCGAAAGUCUUUCCCGACUGCUACCCAUGGUUCUCCUGGUAUAUCAUUCGUUUGUAGCCCACAAGCAAGCAAACCUAAUAAUCAAGUCCAUAGAAACAACAGCGCCACUCUUGGUAUUUCGCCAAAGUCUUCUAUGCAAAUUGCUACCAAAACAAAAUAUAAUUGUAUUAUUCAUGAUCGUGACAUACCUCCUUCCCAUAUUAAAGUGAUAUUGCGUGAAGUUAAAUUGUCUAAUACUGAAAAUGAUACUUAUGAAAUUGAGGCAGUAAUCAACCAUAAGGGCACUCCUGGUAAUUACUUAUACCAAGUCAGGUGGGAAAGGUUAUGGCGAAAGCGAUGUUUACUUCCUUCAAAUGAAGCUAGACCUGUCUUUACUAAUAUAAGACUUACUAAUAGUAACAAACGAAAGUAUCAUCGUAACAAUAUGCCUCGAUUAGUACCACUGUUGUCUGGAUUGACUUUAGCAGUAGCCAUCACAUAUAAAUUUAGAAAUGAUAUUUUAAAAGAUCAAGGGGAUAUUAAAAGUCAAGUAGAAGAUGUAAAGUCCAAACUUCAUAAAGCAGUAACUGAAUCAGAAACAUAUAAUAGAACGCCUUCAUAUUUAUCGAAUUCACAAAAAUAUGUAUCAAAUAGACUAGUUCCAUCGGUGAAAAACACAUGGAAUGAACAAAUUAUGAAUGCAGCGCAAUCGUUAGUUAAUAUAGAUAUCCAAAGUAAAGUACAUAGGUUAUGGAAUGAGCAAAUUGUCAAAAAUUUUAAAGAAUUUGUAGUCGACAAAAACGAUAAACAAUAGAAAAAAAUGUUUAUAAAAUAAAUGCAGAUAAUAAUAAUGUAGUUUUACCAUUCCUUAGUGUAUUUAAUCAUAAGUUAUACUAUUAUUGUUUUGAUGGCCCUAUUUUAUAUAUAAAAGAG